CACAUUGUCUAUGCAGGAGGUGAACUGACAUAGGGAGGGAAGACUGAGGCUCAGUGCUUCUAGACCUGGUAAAACCAGUUGCCAAGUGGGGAACAGAGAUCCAGUGAUAGGCUUGGUGUCACAGCUCUGGUGAUACCCUCCUGCUCUCCUCAGUGGUGCUGACCCCUGGCUCUGGGGAUGAGGCUCCCACACAGCCCAGCCUGCCCCGUGAGGCAGCCCAUAAGGGUGACCUGCACCUGCUGUGGGAGGCCCUGGCCAAGAAGCCUCGCAUGAGCCGUGAACCCACGCUGGACUCCAUCAGUAAGCUUCCAGAGGAGGAUGGCUGCGUGCAUCACCUACGGGAGGAGGUGGAGGAGGUGGCCCCUGACCUCUCUGAGGGCUACUCCACAGCUGAUGAUCUGGCACGCACUGGAGAGGCUGACCUCUCACACACCAGCUCUGACGACUUGUCCCAGGCAGGCACACCUUCCCUGGUUACUUACCUCAAGAAGGCUGGGCGGCCUGGGGUCUCACCCCUGGUCAGCAAGGCCAGGGCCCCAGCACCCUCCUCUGUGGAACCACAGAAGCAGCAGGAGCACCCAGCCCAGGUGCACGCACCACCAAUAGGUCUGAGUGCUGAGGAUCUGGGCGACGCCUCCAUGGACAAGGCAGCAGUGAAAAUUCAGGCUGCCUUUAAGGGCUACAAGGUCCGGAAAGAGAUGAAGCAGCAGGAAGGACCCAUAUUCUCCCACACAUUUGGGGACACUGAGGCCCAGGUGGGGGAUGCCCUGAGGCUGGAGUGUGUGGUAGCCAGCAAGGCUGAUGUGCGAGCAUGGUGGCUGAAAGACGGCGUAGAGCUCACUGACGGGCGGCACCACCACAUCGACCAGCUCGCAGAUGGGACGUGCACCCUGCUGGUCACUGGCCUGGGCCGUGCUGACGCUGGUCGCUACACCUGUCAGAGAUGUGCAUCUUCACCACGUCUGUGGGCCUGUGUCUGAGAAGACCUGAAACAGUAACACCACGCUCUUGGCUCUGCGCUAGUUCUUGGAAACUCCACUUCCAUCAUCUGCUUGCUUACUCGUGUGGAUGAAGA